CCAAGGAAUCAACUCACCAUAUUUUAAAACCAUGUCAAUGAGAUUACCAUCGUCGUUUGACGACGCCCAAAAGUCAGAGGACGAAAUGGAUGUUAUUGAAAAGAUGAAAUUCAAGUGCAAGCAACAACCUUUAGUUCCUAUCGGAGCUUUGGCCACCACAGGGGCCAUCAUAAUGGCUGUUCGAUCAAUCAGAAGAGGCGAUAGAAUGAAAACUCAGAUAUACUACCGGUACCGGGUUGGAUUCCAAUUAUUCACAUUAUGUGCUUUAGUGGGAGGGGGAUACUUCUUCCAACUGGACUCGGUUGCACAGAAGAAGACCCGUGAAGACAAGUUGAGAGAGAAGGCCAAGUUGAGAGAACAGCUUUGGAUUGAAGAGUUGGAGAGAAGAGAUGCUGCUAUUCAAGCUCGUAAAUUGAGAGCACAGGAGAGUAAAGAGGAGUUGGAAAAGAUAGCCAAAGAAGGGUUCAAUGAAGAGAAGUACCGCAAAGGCUUGGAGGAGAAGGGCAAGAAGACCAACGAGUGACCUGUAAAUAAUAAUGAAAUGUAUAUAGUAAUGCAAAUGAACUAUUCAAGUGUAACUCAAACACAGAGUUAUUCAAAUGUGAUUUGGAAAUAGCUCUUUUCCAGCUCUAGUAGAUGCUCUGACUUUAAGUCUAUGGAGCUGUCUAUAUUCUGGAUAUCGAUGGUAUCUUUCGAGAUGGGGAUGAGUUUUUCGCUUUCAAUCACAUGUCCGGUUGAAGUAACAACAAAGUUGUCGAUGGAAACAAUGUCAGCCUUUAAACCAAGAUCCACAGACUCAAGGGCAAUCACAGAAACCACUUGAUCGGUAUCAACACUUUUAAUAUAGUCUAUCACCUGAGAGUUGAGACCGUUGAUAAGAAACACCAAAUGUUCAAACUGGUCGAACCGUACGUCCACUUCAGAAGCUGCCUUGUCAAUGUCGUAAAUAGGCAUCUCAACUGUUAUAUUGGACUCGGUGAAGUUCAACACCACACACCGCUUAUCUGAAUCGAUCAACUCUUGGACGAGCAGAAUUCUUUCAAUUAUAUUAUCGUCACCCUGAUCAUCUGAAAGGCCUGUUGGCUUGGAAAAAACUGUGGACUUCAUCGGCAACCUGGCCCCUUUCAAUAGCACGGGUGCAAUAUGAAGGGGGAUACUUUCAUUUAUAGGAAAUCGGAGUCCACUGCUGGAGCGACUCUGGAAAUCUGUCUGAUAUUUGAGUCUUUCUUGUGGUGCCAUGAACGGGUACAGAUCGACCAACUCCGACUGGUGAGGUUCUCUCACAUGUGAGUGCAAGAGAAGUAACCUCUCUUGAGCUCUGUUCAACAUGUGGUGCAAAAGUGAAGGAUAAUAU